AUGUCGUUUGAUCUCGUUCCCAGAUCCUCCUCUCCUCCGUCGACUCGAAACCGCUCCCUGGUAUCCAAGUUUACCGAUCGCUUCAGCAACAGAACUCGGAACGUUUCUGAAUUCUAUAUACAGUUGGAUGAACCAUACAAGACAUACUUUUCUGGCGAGUUAGUGAAGGGCUGCGUGGUCUUGAAGGUCGUGAAGCCGAUCCGCAUCACUCAUCUGGUGCUUUGCCUGCAUGGCUAUGUGAGGGUCUACAAAACUACAGUUGCGCCGGGCGAUGUGUCGGAUGCGUCUGGCUUUCUUGGUCCGGGCCGUGGGAAAAGGAAUGGCGAAUACUUGGGCAACGGAUUUGCUACGCUCUUCGAGGACGAAGUUGUCCUGUGUGGAGAUGGUCGCCUAGUUGAGGGAAUAUACAAGUUCCAGUUUGAAAUGGUAUUUCCAGCUUGUCGAUUGCCCAGCAGCAUUACGUUUGAACGUGGCACCAUAUCUUAUAUGCUAACAUCCACUCUAACACGACCUACGACUAUAUCUCCAACCAUUUCCUGCGACAAACGAAUUAUGCUCCUAGAAACCAUUGACAUUGCACCGUUGCCUGUUCCCAAAGCCCGCAUUAUCUCUCUUGAACCAAUAAUAAGAAGAUCCAAGGCGCGGUCGAAGACGAAAUCCGCGUCUCGGGAGCAGAUUACGCACAGCUCGACUGUUGCUGAGCCCGUGGCCAAUGGAAUUGAAAAUAAACCGCCACUCAGUCCCGUACCCAGCGAACUGAGCAAUUCGAGCUGCAUGAGCAACAGCACGCAGAGCUUCCAAAUAAUCAGCGAACCCAAUUCCGCCAAAAGUUUGAGCCUCGCGAACGAUGACUCUCUGAGCUCGAAUACUCCCUCCGCAGAAAGGACCAUUACAGCCACAACGGAGCUGUCGCGGCCGGGGGGCGUUCCCGGUGACGUCCUGCCAGUGAAGAUCACAAUACAGCAUACGAAACCUAUCCGAAGCCCUAAUGGCAUUAUUAUCACCCUCUAUAGACAAGGGAGGAUAGAUUACCACCCUGCAAUUCCAGUGGGUUAUUCUGAAAAAGGCAUGAAGCCGGUAUUCGAAGACUAUUAUCCAAAGUCUCGUACCGGGUUGGGUGGCCUAUCCUUCGGGGCCACAAGAUCAAGUAGCGUCUUCAGGAAAGACCUGACUCAAAUCUUUGCCCCUUUGAUCGUGGACCCAGUCGCCCUGACGGCGACCGUAAAAACGUCUAUCAGGAUCCCAGAGGAUACUUUCCCAACUAUAACGCAUGUGCCUGGUGGCAUGAUUAGUUUCCGAUACUAUCUCGAAGUGGUAAUGGACUUGCGUGGGAAGUUAGCGAGCCAAGACCGUUUUAUUCCGCGUUUGAAUAUGGUGACGGGCUCAAGCAGCUAUAACUAUAGCCCAAAUGGCCAAAUACUAACUCUGUCGGAAAAAGGGCGUAACCCGGUGUCUCCUUGUGGAAACAAUAUACUUGACACGGAUACAGUACGACGAGAAAAGAGUGUGGUUGCCUGCGUUUUCGAAGUUGUGAUAGGUACGAAGGAUUCCGGCAAAGGCCACCACCCGCAAACAUCGGAAGCGAACCCCGUUGUGGACUCCCAUCCCCUUACCCCUCAAGUUGCCCAACCUGAUACCGUUACUGAAAUUGAUCACCAUCACCCUUAUGCACACCGAUAUGAUGAGCACGAUUAUACUUAUGAAAACGGUUACGACCACAACGAAGUAAGCUUGUGGCAAGGUCAUCCACAAGAUAGCUUCUCUCCAUAUCCUCCUCCUCAAUUCAUCCCUCCUGCGCUUCCCCAAGAAGCGGUUGAUGAGAAAACCCAACUACGGAGAGCCGAGGAAACUCUUCUCCCCAGCAGUCCAGCGGAUGACGACGGUGUGGAAAAUGAACCGUCCGCGGCAACCACAGCCUUUGCUCCAUCUGCCCCUACUUUUUUUGAAGUAGACAAUAGUUAUAGAAUCCCUACCAGCCGCUCCGCAUCGCAAUAUCCUGACUGCGUCUCUCCAGCCUCGGCCCCAUCAAUAAAUACCAUAACGCCUAGCCCUCGACCCAAUGUAGAUAUGGGCAUUCCUUCCCCUAAGACUCCCCAGGAUGAUAAACAAGAGCUCGAAAGGCAACGCCUUCUCGCCCAAGCUAGUGCGCCAGAUCUUGAACGAAGCCAUUCAACAGCCGGAAACGUUGCAUCCGGUCCCUCAAUUGGCGAAGAAGAUCGGCCUGCGCCAUCGGCACCGAUGCUCACUGAGGAAGAUUUGGCACAGCCACUGGCAUCUCCAGAGCUACUACCCAGGUAUCAACGAUGA